AUGUCGUUUAAAGCUUUGCUACUGGAUAUUGAGGGGACUGUCUGUCCAAUUGCAUUUGUCAAGGAUGUUUUAUUCCCUUUCUUUAGUUCGAAAGUAUCGGUUCUAUUGCAAUCCAAUGAUCCAGAGGUAAAGAGAUUGCUGGCGCAAUUUCCUGCACAGGACAAUUUACAAGAAUAUAUUCAGGAUCUAGUGGCUCGCGAUGUCAAGGAUCCGAUUUUGAAGCAAUUGCAAGGUCAUGUCUGGGCACAGGGUUAUUACAAUGGUGAGAUCAAAGCUCCCGUUUAUAAGGAUGCCAUUGAACUGAUCAAGAGAAAACCAGAGGUCUACAUUUACUCGAGUGGAUCCGUUAAGGCGCAGAAACUACUGUUCGGUCACGUGGAAGACCCUUCCAGUACCAAAUCUAUUGAUUUACAACCUUUUAUCAAAAGUUUCUUUGAUAUUAACACGUCUGGUAAGAAGACUGAACCAGAAUCAUACCAAAAAAUUUUACAAAAUAUCGGCAAGCAACCGGACGAUGUCCUCUUCAUCAGCGAUAAUAUCCUUGAGUUAGACGCUGCUAGUCAAGUGGGCCUAGAAACGAUCCUAGCCGUGAGACCCGGGAACCCUCCAGUUACUGACAUCAAGAACUAUAGUAUACUUGAGGAUUACUCCACUUUGUGA